AUGGGCAACAAAUUUCAGAUCGCACACAUGGACGGAUCGGCCCGCAGCAACUACGAGCGACAACAGGGCGCGAUUGACACAAAAAUGCGGGCUUGGCAACAACAUAACAAGGGGCAGCAAAAACAAACCUUGACGACGUCUCGUGGCGCGACAACUUUCAACUCAAAAUGGAGCGUCAUUCCAAUGGCGGCAAGAACCAUCAAGGACGACGAGUUCAACUGCUCAAACGAAUCUGCAACGAAUGCUCUUGGUGCUGAGGCAAUUAUCAUGGCGGAAGAUUAG